AUGGCGCCCCGAGGAAAGAUCCGCCUGAGGCUGACGCGAAGUGCCAAAUCAGAAAGCACACCAAAAUCCUUUGCCGACCUCGAAGACGAGCACAUGCCUGAUGCCGAAUCCAGUGCGCAAGAUUCGAAGCGACAACAGGUCCCAGACCCCGACGAUGAGAAGGACGAGGAUCAUCAGCCAAAAGAGGAGUCAGGCGACGAAGACGAUGCUGCCGACGCUAUUGACAAGGACGAUGAGUCUGUUAAAGAACCGACGCCACCUCCCCAGCCCAUGGUUCGCAGAAAGAGACUUGGUCGGCCACCCAAGAACCGACCUCCGGACUGGGACAACAUGAUUUCAGUUCCUGCCGAUGAGGCCAACACACCGCGACGCCGUGGCAGAGGCGGCUGGCGAGGGAGAGGCGGGCGCAAGGGCGGUCCUGCUGCGCCAAAGGCUGAACAGAUCAUCGACACUGAGGGAACCGUUGCCGAAAUCGUGGACGACGAGUGUGUGCUGCCCGAAGAUCCAGAGGGCGAGACAAAGGUCGACAAGCUGGGUAACCUUCAGGGCGGACGCGAUUAUAGAUGUCGAACAUUCACUGUCACGGGUCGCGGUGACAGACUCUACAUGCUUUCGACGGAGCCAGCACGAUGUGUCGGUUUCAGAGACAGUUACCUUUUCUUCACCAAGCACCGCAAACUCUACAAGAUUAUUGUGGAUGAUGACGAGAAGCGGGACAUGAUCGAGCGGGAAAUCAUCCCUCACUCAUACAAGGGACGCUCGAUUGGAAUCGUAACCGCGCGAUCAGUCUUUCGCGAAUUCGGUGCGCGCAUCGUUGUCGGUGGAAAGUGCAUCAUAGACGACUACAACGUUGCCCAGGCUCGUGCCGACGGUGUCGUCGAGGGUCAACUUGCGGACCCAAACGAUCACUUUAUUGCGGGCGAGCCGUACAACAAGAACCAGUACGUUGCAUGGCACGGAGCCAGUGCCGUGUACCACACCAACGUACCAUCAGUGCCGAUUCCUAACGGCAAGAUCGAGUCCAAGAAACGCAAAGUCAAUGUCAACGACAUGAACUGGAUGCUGGAGCACGCUCGUGAGGCUAGCACGUUCAAUGCCAGCAUCAAUGCCAUCAGAAAGAUCAACAAUGCCGGCGUGUACGACAUUCACACCAACGUGAAGCAGUAUCCAGCGACAAUGCAGCCGACGCGAGCACGCAUUGAGCAGAUCGCCCCAGAGGACGAAGAAGCCACCGGAGACAGCACCGUGUCCCUCCCCGUCCCAGCUAAGAUGGCGCGCAACUUCUUUGUUACCGACACAUACUUUGAAACAUCAUCGGCGGGUAUCAUCUCGGCAUCCGCAGUGGACGAUACGGCUGGCUCAGCAGAUUUUCUUGCCUCCUUUCAAGGGUUAAGUACUGUGUCUGAUGAUAUCAAGGACCUUCUGCCCCCAGAGUGUCGUGAGGCGUUUGACAACGCUGUUGUAAAGGAAACAUCGUAUCGAUCCCAAUGGGGUCCUGAAAGUGAAAAGAUGUCCCGCCGGCAGCCUGUUAUCGAUAAGGCGAUUGUGCCUUACAGUAUGACAGGGUGA